AUGGAUAAGUAUAAAAGAAUAAAAAUGAUUGGAAAGGGCAACUUUGGCGAUGUUUGGCUGGUUGAAGACAAUAAAGGAUAGAAAUUUGCCCUCAAGUUAAUCGAUUUGUAAUUUUAGAGUGUUGACCCAACAAAUGAAGUUACUUUGUUGAAGGUCCUCAAACAUCCAAAUAUUAUAAAAUACUAUGGCUCAUUUAUACAAAAUGAUUAAUUAUGCAUUUUAAUGGAGUUUGCAGAAAAUUAUGAUCUGUAAAUAUACACAAAAAAUAACCCAGCAAACAUAUUAAAUUGGUUUACAUAAUUGUGUUAAGCAGUAUAAUACUUGCAUUCUAUGAAUAUUGUUCAUAAGGAUAUUAAAAUGAAAAAUGUGUUUUUGACCAAAGAUGGCAUAAUCAAAUUGGGAGAUUUUAGCAUUUCUAAAAAUUUAGAUGCCUCAUUGAAUCUAGCAUAAUUAGGUACUCCUUACUAUUUGUCACCUGAGAUUUGUGAGUCUAAACCAUCCAAUACUAAAAGUGAUAUUUGGGGUUUGGGAUGUUUACUCUACGAAUUGUGCUCGAAACAAAAGCCAUUUCAAGGUGAAUCGUUGCCCGAAGUUUUCAAAAAUAUCAUAACAAGUGAGACUCCCAAGCUCCCUGAAGGAUUCCCUACAGUUUAUCAGGAUAUAAUAAAUUAAUGCUUACAAAAGAACCCAUAAGAGAGACCAGAAAUUUCAUUAAUCUUAGAGAUUCCAGAAAUAAAGAAGGAGAGAAUAAAAUUCUCAUAGUUAUAUAAAUAGAGAUUGAUAGGAAUGCUCAAAUAAAUCGAUAAUACAUAAUCUGAACAAGUUUAGACCAAUAUAAAGUAAAUGUAAAAGCCUAUCUUCACUCCAUAAAAUAAAUCAUAAUCUUUAUUAUUUUAAAAGCUAUUUUCAGAACAAAUACAAUCAAACAUUAAGAAACCAAUGACGAAGAAAAUAAUUUCUAUUGAUACUGAUUUAAUAGAAAAAGAAGGAUAACAAUAAUAAUAAAAUGAAACACCAACAUAAUUUGCUAAAUAAUUAUUCAACCCAAAAACCCCUACCUCUCCAAACAGAAAUUUAUUAUUAGCAGAUUUUUUGAAGAAAAAAUUAGGUGAAUAGAAGUUUCAAGAUGUUCGUUAGAUUCUUGAAGAGUCAUAGAACCCUAUAUAACUAUUAGAUCAAAAGGAAAUAAUGGUAAAUUUGAUGGGUGAAGAAAAUCUUGAAUGUGUUAAGAUAUUUAAAAUACUAAUCAGUAAUUGUACUACAUUGCCUAGUAAUCAUUUUCGAUAGAUGAAUAACUAUUAAUUUUUAAGAGAUAAGGUUGGUUCAUAGCCAGAUUUAGAUUAGGAUAUAAAAACAUAUAAUUUUUGA